UGGAGUGGGCAAUUCUGGCAGAGCAUUUAAAUUCUGUUUGCAAGCUAAGAGCGAUGCUCGCGGCCUCCUUGCUAUAGACCGAAAAAUACGACAAUACUGAUUGGGUUUCGAGCAUGACGUGCGCUAGGAAGUGGCUAUCCCAAUGUUUGAGAAGCCACGACAAGUGUCAAACGCCGUAUUCGACCGAGAAUACCCGCUUCAGUCCAACUCGUCUCCUCGAAAUUGGACAACCAGAUCCUCCGAAAGUCCGCUUACGACUCUAUCCUAACCAAGAAUGCAACGGCAUUCAGUAUGCAACGCUUAGUCACUGUUGGGGUGCUUCAAAGGUCUUGAGGUUAACGUCGGCUUCGUUCCAAGACCUGGAGAAAGGCAUAGAGAUCUCAAAACUGGCACAAACAUUCCAGGAUGCCAUCUUCACCGCCCGGUCACUGGGUAUUCAUUUCCUUUGGAUAGAUUCCUUAUGCAUAUUCCAGGACUCUCAGAAGGACUGGCAACAGGAGGCAGCUCUCAUGAGUCAUGUCUACAAGAACUCUACUCUCAACAUUGCAGCUAGUGUUGCAGCUGAUAGCAAUGCUGGCUGCUUUUCCGAAAAAGACCCGUCAUCAAUUGGACCCUGCAUGGUUCAGACAGCAUGGAUCGACAGCUACAAUGACACCUACCACCUUUACCAUGAGGAUUUCUGGGACAAUACGUUGAAAAAUAUGCCCCUGACAAAAAGAGCACGGGCGGUCCAAGAGUUGUUACUGGCUCCGAGGGUGCUUCAUCUAUGUGGUAAGCAGCUGUUCUGGGAAUGUUACAACUUGCGCGCCUGUGGGACUUAUCCAGGCGGUACGCCACCGACUUCGCUUCUGCACUGGGUGUCAGGCGAUGCAAGAUGGCAGGCUUUCAGUGAAGCCGGAACUCGGCACGUUGCUGUGGAGAGCAGCCCGAAGCAUUCAAAGACCACACUGUUGGAACUCUGGCACGGAAUCGUGGAGAUGUACACCAAGUGCAACUUAACGUAUACAACCGACAAAUUGGUUGCUCUUUCGGGUAUCGCAAAGCUCAUGGAACAGGCGCUUGACGACGAAUAUUGUGCCGGACUGUGGAGGAGCCGCCUCGCUACGGAGCUGUUCUAGUUUGGUCCUCAUAACA